AUGUCCAACAACGCAGAGCUCACGCAGUCCAACAUCUUCAAUGUUAAGGACAAGAUUGCCCUCGUUACAGGUGGUGGAUCUGGCAUCGGCCUCAUGAUCACACAGACUCUUGCAGUCAACGGUGCCAAGGUCUACAUUGUCGGUAGGACAGAAGAGAAGCUCGCGAAAGUCGUUGAGGUCCACGGCAAAGACAUUCCUGGCCAGAUCAUCCCCAUUGUUGGAGACGUUCAGACCAAGGACGGUGUACAGAAAAUUUUAAGGGAAAUCGAAUCGAAGGAAAAGCACUUGGACAUUCUCGUCAAUAACGCUGGAAUCGCGUUUGGCAAGACCAGCACCAAGGUGGACAGUGCUGAAGAGUUCUCGAAGAACAUGUUUGGCGAGACAUCUGAGAAAGAGUGGCUCGACACCUACCAAACCAACGUUGUCGGUCCAUUCCUGAUGGGGACCGCCUUCCUUCCUCUUCUUGCAAAGGGCACACAACAAACGCAUGGUUGGUCGUCCACGAUUGUCAACAUCUCUUCCAUCUCCGGCCAUGUCCGCAUCUCACAAGACCACUUCUCUUAUAACGCCAGCAAGUGCGCUACUAUUCACGUCAACAAGAUGCUUGCUACCGAGAUCGCGAAGAAUGGCAUCAAGGUUCGCGUUAACAGCAUCGCCCCAGGUGUGUUCCCAAGCGAGAUGACUACCCAGGAGAGCCGCGACGACAACCAGAAGUCCGAGAUGCCAAAAGAGAAGAAGGAGGGCCUUCCUGCCCAGCGCCCGGGCAAGGACACAGACAUGGCUGCUUCUAUCCUCUUCGUUACAAUGUGCCAGUACCUCAACGGCCAGACUGUCACCGUUGACGGAGGCUACUCCAUGCAGGCUGGAAACUAA